AUGGGCUCGUCAAGCGGUAAGCAGGGCUUCUUCAACUACCCAGAGCCCAGCAAGGGACCCGAUGUCCAGAAUGAGAGCAGACGACUGAAGAACCCUGUCCUUCGAGGCCGACUUUUGGUCGCUGCAGGCUUCAUUAUGGAGCGGUCGCGCUUCGUUCGUGAGACGGCGUGGAAGAAUGCUGGCUUUGGUUCUCUUCGGAAGAUCCGGGACCACAUCCUAGAGCAGGAACCCCGGUUUGAGCCAACUGUCAUCCCCAUUGCGGUGACGAGUGAGGAGCUCAAGUCUGCUCCGAACGGCGGGACGAAGCCUCUUCCGCAGCAACUUGAGAAUCGCCAGUUCUACUCCGUCUCCGACUAUCACGCCAUGUACUUGUCAGGCGAGAUCACACCGACCGAGGUGGCCCUAGCGCUGGUGCCGUUGAUCCGUCGAGAUACCUCGCCUCCAGGAAAGCACGCUGUCGCUUGGAUGGACACGAACAUUGAAAUGGUUCUAAAGGCAGCAAAGGCAUCAACUCUGCGAUACCAGGAGAACCGGCCGCUCGGUGUUCUCGACGGCGUCCCCACCGGAAUCAAGGAUGACUACGACAUUGACGGCUAUGCAACCAACAUGGGAUCGCUUAACGAUUAUUCGACCAAGACUGCAGACGACACAUCCAUCACCAACUGGUGUGUGAAGAAGCUGGAAGAAGCCGGAGCUGUCAUUCUCGGGAAGCUCACGAUGAAUGAGUUUGGACUUGACACGACUGGAAACAAUCCAAACUACGAGACUCCUCGCAACCCGUUCAACACUGGCUAUUACACCGGCGGGAGCUCCUCGGGCCCUGGCUACGCAGUUGGUUCAGGCCUGGUUCCCAUCGCCCUCGGGAGUGACGGCGGCGGCAGCGUGCGCAUUCCCGCGUCGUAUUGCUCGGUGUUUGGGCUGAAGCCGACACACGCACGCCUAUCGAGUUAUCCCACACUGAAUCACGCUCCUACCUGCUCAGUCCAGGGACCGCUCGCAGCCGACAUGCAUUCUCUCGCGGCUGUGUAUGAAGUCAUUGCGGAGCCUCACCCGUCGACGCAAUUCCCACCUCUCGCACUGCAGCCAACUCCGCCUUUCACCAAAGUCCUCGGUAUCGAUGAGAGCUGGAUCUCGCGCUCUGAGCCUGGUGUUCAGACUCUUAUCCGCAACCUCGUCGACAAGCUGUGUCAGAGCUAUGACUACCAGACCGUUGAUAUCAGCAUCCCCUUCGUCGCAGAAGGUCAGACGGCACAUUCACUCACUAUCCUCACCGACGGCGCGACGCUGCUUCCCAAAACCGACAACCUCACAUCAGCGAACAAAAUUCUUCUCGCACUUGGCGGUUCUACGUCGUCUACCGACUAUCUUCUCGCACAGAAGCUCCGUGGUCUUCUCAUGCAGCACCUUGCGUAUCUGUGGAAAAAGUACCCUGGAAUGAUGAUCAUCACCCCUACAACGGCGUGUGCUGGGUCACCAAUCAACGGAGGACGGGGAGAGAUGAACUACGGUCUCAACGAUGGCAACCACACUAUCGAGAGCAUGGUGUACGUCUGGCUUGCGAAUUUCUGCGGCAUGCCAGCACUGACUGUGCCUGCCGGAUAUCUGGUCCCGAAGGGGCAGAAGGACACGGGCGUUGUGGGAGACAAGAACACGGAAGGAAAGGUCUCUGUGGGAUUAAUGGCGACUGGCGAAUGGUGCAGUGAGGCGGCGUUGCUCAAGUUUGGCCUCGACGCCGAGGCCGCUGGCGAAGAACUCAGAUGCAAGCCCCCAAUUUGGGAGGAUGUCAUAGCGACCACCAAGACGCAGGCCAAGCUGAACCGCGGCGAAGGCAGCGCAGGGACGAGCGAUUAA